CCCCCCUCCCAUCAAUAUCAUCAUCCUCUUACAUCAAUCAUAACAUGACAAACAGACACCUGAAACUGUUCUUACUGAUCGGUCAGUUCACAUCAGUUUAGCCAGUCCGGCCAGAUCAAUGUCUCAAAUUUUAAACUGAUUAUCACCCACCACCACCACCACCACCUGUUUCACUGUUCCCCCACCAUCUCUUGUCAUUUCAUUUGUGUUGGCUCCUCUCUGGAUAACGUAGCAAAACUAUAGGUUUUAUGAAUGGCUGGGACAUAUCGACUGUCCCCUCUCAAUGAAGGUGAUGAGACCCUAAAUUUUGCCAGUCUCUUAAGCAAGCUCCCUGGCUCUAGAGGACCCACAAGCUCAGAACUAUGGGCCGUCUGUUGGCAGAGUGUGAAGAUCUUAAGAGAGGUUAACAAACUUGGUGAUUUUUUCCAAACGCUUUGUAUCACGCCUUCAACUCUUGCCUUUGAACUGGACACUGGUCACCUGCGGCUUCUCGAUUUGUAUGUAGACCCAGAUGUGAAGUUUGUACCCCCAGAAUACGAGAUACAAGGAAACAGCUACAAGUCUCACCUCUAUUCCUUAGGCAAGACUCUCCUCUCAGCCAAGCCCCAUCCACCAAGAGAAACGAGUGACACCUACAACACUUUACUGACCAGGCUGACCUCCCGUGCCCCAGAGGAACGACCCAGUGUGGAGGAGGUGGAACGAGUUUGUUUAGAGUCACUAGGAAGGGAGGACCCCAUAGCCAUCUGUCUGAAAUUGUUCAACAGAGCAGUGGACACUGACCCUCAGCAGCAGCAGCCGCAGCAGCAACACAAUUCAGGUGUCCAUGAUAAUUGUGUUAAGUUUGCUGAGAACAUAAAGCAAGAAUUAUCCAAAGCAGAUUUUUUGAAACUGGUACCAAAUGAUGUAAAACUCUCAGCCCUCAAAGACACCAAACUGGCAGGCGAAUACCACCAAGGAUGUUCUUCUAAAGCAGGAAUUGAAAGUUGCAGGCAAUUAGAACCACAGAUAAGUUCAUUCCCUCUGGAAUCUGGAUUACCAUUUACCAAAGUGGAAUGCUCUGUUGGAAAAUCUGUUGUUGAAGUAAAACCAGUCAGCUGUGAAAGAGUUGCUGAUUUCUCUUGUGUUGAAAUUUGUGAAUUGAAGGAAAGCAACCAGGAAGACAAACAGAAUUCUGUCCCAGAAGAAACCCUGAAAAAGGGAGAUAUUUUACUGAAUUUCUCACCAAACCAAGUCAACAACAAGAGUAAGGGUCAUGAAUUAAAGGUGGACAGUUUUAAGGGUAGAUCUGUAAAGACUUUUGAAGAAGUUCCUUCCCAAAGCGAACAUUUUAAAAUUUAUAAUCCAGAUAUUAUUCGUGGGUCAAUGUCAAGCGUAGAAGCAGAUGACAUUGUGAGUGGUGACAAUAAUAAUGAGGCUGAUGAGGGUGAUGUUGAUAAUGAAGAUGAUGAUGUCACAACAGAAAGAAUCCAAAGUUGUGAAGGGUCAGUCUUUAAUAACAACAUUCUAACUCAACAAGAUCAUGCAACCGAUUUCCUACCUAACAACACAGAAACACAUGGGAAACAGAUUUUGGCCAAUGAUCACUGUAGCAAUUUAGAUGACGGUUCUGCUGUGGAACUUAUCCGUCUUGGUAAUGCAGACCGUAGUGUUCUCUGGAAUUUUGAGGAGGGCAAAGUAAACCUUGUUGAUCUCAUACUUGGAGAUAAUGGUGAGAAUGAGUCAAUUAAGAGAGACAACCCUAGAAUAGAACUAAAGAGGACAUUUGACAAAGAAACCAAUAUUUCUACAAGUGGAAACACUUCAAGAAUUUUAAGUGGAGAAUCUCAGACAUUUUGUGACACAUAUGGAACCAGCGUUACUCAAGAAGCAACAAGUAUUAUGUCUGGUGCCAGCCUUAAUUUUCAGACAACAACCGUUCUUUCUGGUACAAACUUCAUCAACGAAUCAUUCGACAAGAUUCCUGAAUGUCAGAAUACUUCGCAGCUGACAUGCACAGCUGAAGGAAUUAAUGCCACUGAAGACAGAGAAAUGGCAAGUGGAGAGAAUUGCAGAAAGCAGGGCAGCCCUGACAGUGAGCAUGAGGAUGAGGAUGACGAGGGAAAAGAGGAUAACAACGAGUCUCUGUUGGAAGAGAUGCAGGAUCCAACACACAUCACAGCAGAAGAGGCCCAGAGGAAAUUAAGAAACAUUGCUCAGACCAAGGUGAUUACACUGCAGGACAUUAUUGACGUCAGUGGAUUGUACUUUGAUGAAAUUGAAAUCUGGGCCUUAUGCAGAGAAGCUGUCAAGUCUUUGCAGAAUACCCCGUAUAUUGUGUUAUAUGAAGAACUAGACAUGGUCGGGCUGCAACCAGAUGGACAUAUGGUGUUCACUGACCAACAAAGGAUCAAGCAAGAGCAUAGCAAAGAUACACCGAUCAACGAAAAGCUGAAGGUUGCUGUCCGCAGUGUUGGUGCGAUCCUGUGCCGAGCUGGGGGUUCAAAGUGUUCAACGUCAAUAGCCGAGUUGAAUAUGUCUGAUGACAUAACAGAUCUGAUUGGAAAUAUGACACUUUCUCAGCCGCAAGACACAGUGUCCUUUGAAGAUUUAUGUCAGAAAUGCGAAGACUAUGAAAGAACUGCGGUGUAUACGUCUCAGAAUAUCUGCCAGAGUCUUUAUGAAGAAUGUUGGCACAAAUUGGCAAUGAAAAUUGAAGAAGAUGGCGCCAGCUCUGAAGAAGAUUUUGUUAGUAAUGGAGAUCUAAAUGAUGCUAACUCUGAGAAAUCAGUAAAAAAUACUUCCUUUGAUAAUGGUUCAGAUGAUACACAAAAAUCAGCCUUUGUAUCCGUGUUAAACCAGCCGGACAAACCCCAAAGUAAGGUCCUCAACAACGAAAAUGUGGACCUUGCUGUCCCUUAUGCUUUCAGAUCAGUGGCUACUCAUUUCAAACCAAUAGUGGUAAAUUCAGGAAGAUUCCCUGCCAUUGGUGAGGAGGAAGAAACUGGCGUGAUGCUGGAAGCCACAUCAUCACAAGAGACUUCUCAAAGAAAAAGAAAUUCAACUUCUCCAGUUCUUACCCCAGGUCAGCGUGUUGUUGAGAAGCUGAGACAACUGGAGCAAGUUUACACAAAACGGUACCCUAGGGCUACCUCAUUUGGGUCCAGACCCCAAAAAACACUUGAAUCAAAUGUGACCAAAGUUGAGAAUGUUCCAUCAGGUGAGGCUGGAAGAGGAGACUUAUGCCUGUCCCAGAGAUUCGACAUGGAACAACUUGCUGAAAUGAUUCUGAACAAACUCCAAGAUCAAAAGACAACAAGCUGCAAACCAAUUCUGCCACCAAAGAUGUCUGAAUAUCAGGCAUUGGCCUAUGACAACCAGCAGCUGCCUGUAGUGAUGGUUCCAGCUCAAAACCUUACCAUGACAAUGGGUCUUCCAUUGGUCCCUGCUUGUGAAGCUAAUCAUGGAGAGGCAGCCAGGUAUGGCUUUAAUAAAAUCAAGUCCCCUCAGUCAAUGGCUUGCCUUCAAUGUGGCACUCAGUCUAUGAGUUCCGUUUCUGUUUCUUCUUCUCCUUCUUCCACUAUAUCAUCUGUUUUACCAAAUUUCUCAGAGACACCGACAAGUAACCAAUCGAGAUAUUCUUGCUCUGACAACGAUGGGAAGGAAAUGGCAGCGGAUUUUUGCAACUGUGGCAGAUCAAAGCGAACCCUGAAACUACAGAGCAACACAAGCAGCGAGGGCAGCAACAGUAGCAGCAGCAGCAGCAGUAGCAGCAGUUACUGUCAGUUGUGUCUCGAUGAAAAGCAAAUCCUGUUUCCCCAACAAUCUCGGUGUGAAGAACUAUCAAGGAAUUUCGAUGGGUUUCUUGGCCAUAAACUUCAUUUCCAAGAACAGAACUUUGAUGGCGUUAAUGAGGAAUGUUUAAAGACCUCUUGGCAGCAGAGUGCUCAACAACAACAAAAACAACAUCAGCGAGAUCUUCCCCACCCCUGUCCCCACCACCACCACCAACAACAAGGAAAGCUGCAUCAACAACAACAAAAUCAUUGUCAAGAACAGCAAAAACAAUGUCAGAAUGAUGAAUACCAAAACCAACAACAACAACAACAAGAAAAACAAGAAAAACAAUGUCUGCAUUCACCUCCUCCUUCUCUAAUUCCUUCUCCACACCACCACCACCACCACCAGCACCUCCACCACAACCGUCAUCAUCAACAGCAGCAACAACAAAAUGAACCAAACCAAUUAGAAGACUGCUACCAGCAGCAGCAGCAGCAGCAUCUUCAUUAUCAAUGCCACUACCUUCAGCAACACCAACGACUCCAUCAUUGUCAUCAUAAUCAUCAUCAUAAUAGUCAUCAGUUACAGAAUCCUCAGCAGCAGCAGCAGCAGCAGCAACACCACCACCAACAACAACAGAUGAAUGACAGCCCCUUAAUCAACAGCUCCCAAACUAAUGAGAAAAACAACAACAACACCAGUAAGAAUAGAAGUAGUUGCAGCAACGAAAAGUUUCCAACAGGCAACAGAAGGGAGUCCAUAUGUGGCGUUCACCGUCAACAAAGUGCAAUAGAGAAUCAGAACAUCGAGGUAUCAAUUGUGAAUCCACACAUCAGUGACAAUGAUGACAGCAACAACAACAGCAACAACGACAACAACAAAAAUGGUUCCGUGACGAGAAUAUUUGAUGAGUGGAACCAGCCCAAUGUCUGUGAGAAGAGCUGUUGCAAUGGUGGCAUAAAUGUCUGCAAUGAAGAUCUGCCUUUCAAUGGCAAAGCUUUGCAAUGUGAUGGUUCGUCUGACAAUGCUGUCGACUGCUUGAAAUGUAAACUCGAUGAAAUUCUUUGUUCUUUACAGAAAAGGUGCUUCCAUUGCAAGAACAUGCAAAACUGUGGCAGACACCUUGCUGAGCAUCAACACCCUUGGAAGGAAUUCAACGAACGCUGUGAAAAGAAUUUAAAUGGUUCUUAUAUCCACAGAGAAGCCAAUCCAAGCAGUGGGUCACACCAAAUUCUUUCUCCUAUGUCACUGGUUGACUGUCAAACCAAGAAUGAGUACAAAAUGAGUUCAAGGAAUGAAUUCAGCAUUAGAAAACACUUAUGUUGUUCUUCUGUCUGCACAAAACAAAUUUCUGAAGAAACUGUCCUAAAUACUGACAUCGCAGGAACUGCCAGGUGUUCCUGCCUCAAAGAGCCCAUGCCAAAUGUCAGUUAUGAAGUGUCUCCAUUCAAAGAUGAAUCUAAAGAAGUCAGUAAAAAUCUCUGUUCAAAAGAAACUCCAUUAUAUGCCCAAUGUGAAAGAAUCCCAAAUAUUUCCACUCCGUUCAUAUCUCCCAGGAACGAGUGUCAAGACGCUAAAGAAAAUGGAGUGCAAAUUGAACAUUGGCAGCAAGCUGAGAUCAGUGAGAGAAAGCAAGAUAGCAGCCGAGAGGACCGACCAAAGAUAUCAGAAGUGUUUGGAACUUAUUGUAGAUCAGACAAAAUAGUUGCCAAGCAACUGAGCUUGGUUUACAAAAUCAUGGAUUUACUCCAACCAAAGUCAGCUUCAGAUUCAGCUGUUAACGAAGAAUCAGACCAUUUUCUAAUAAGUGCAGGGAUUGGAAGUUUAAAAGGUUUACCAAAAGACAAGUUCCGGUUAAGUCUUGCCACAAUGUAUCCUAAACAACAGUGGGAACAGCAAUGCCUGGAAGCGGUCUUUGAUCUCAUCAAUGGAGACUCAACUCUGAAGGAGGAACCAAGGUGGAAUGACACAUCCCAGCAAGCGUACCAGGAAUCGUCUGGAGAGUGGCAUCUAUUUGAUAGUCUUGAAAUGGCCAGCCACCAAACACAGAGAAAUUUUUAUGCUGAUUCAUCAAACAAAGACCAUAAGAUGGAACCUCAACCAAAAGUGACAAAAUCCACACAAAACAUCUCCUUGGAAUCUGUCGAGCAACAUAGGAAUCUGUCAGGUGAAAACUGUGAACAUUUUACGGAUAUAAGUAUUCUCAAGAAUUUUGCUUAUGAUGAAGACGUCUGUUGUGACCAGGGUGAAGUUGUAUACCUGAGAUCAGAUCCUGUAAAUAUGAAGGCUUUUCAGAAGCAGGAACUGGUUGAGAACCCUGAAAAGAUUUUGCAAUACGGGUUGAAGGGGGAAACAUCAAUGAGUUAUGGUAAUGAUGAUGAUGAUGAUGACAAUGGUGAUGGUGGUGAUGAUGGUGGAGGUGGAGGUAGUGCUGGUGGUGGUCUAGAUGGUGUUAAGAGAAAUUUUGGAGAAGAUGGUCCCAAAGGUAUGUUCCAGCCUGAUCCUUUUCACACCAGAAAGUUUGAUAAUUCUGGACCAACAGGAGAUAUUCAAUAUAUACAAGGUCUAAUGGAGACUUCAGACAGGUGCUUGGAUCAAGGAAUGGAUUAUACCAAUCCAGAAAACCAAGGAUCAGAAGAAGAAAUUGAAGAUGACUUAAGUUACAAACUUUACAUCAGGGAUAACUUUUUAGAAAGAUCUCAAUCCAGUGGCUGUUCCUUUGGGAAACAUGAAUUUCAAGAGAUCCUCUUGUCUGACACCUCUCAGGAAGACAAGAAAGAGAUAGAAACAAUCCUUGAAUCUGGUGCCAGUACCAAAAACGUCGAAGACACAGCAGAAGGAGUUGAUAUCCAGAAAUUCAUGCUCCCAGAAGGAUCUAUUGAAGAUAUACCACAACAAUAUAAGCUUGAUGUUGGAGGUUCUAACUGCAGUAAAGAAGUGAACAGGAGUGAUGAGUCAAAGACAUCAGAGCAGAGAAGAACAGUUCCACCAAAUGAAUAUCAACCCAGAAAAGAUUGGAAAGUGGACCAAUGUUUGUUAGAUGGAAAUGUAAAAACCGUAGAGACAAUGACGCAAGAUGAUGACAAUCUGCAAUGUUCUGGGAAUGUCUUGGAGACAACAAAUCUACCAGCAAAAGAAUCGCAGGGUUGUACAGAGUAUUACAGACCUAUCACAAGAAAUCGGUGGUCUGUGCUGAAGGACUAUGCUGAAAGUGACAGCAGAGUUAUUUACCAUUCUGCAGACUUGAUGAAUUUCUCAAACAACAUGGAAGUCAAACAAUUCCUGAAUGAUAUUGACAAAUCUGAUGCCAAGUCUUGGAAGACCAAAUUGUCAACCGCUCAACAACAGGUGAUGCUGAAAAGUAAGGAACAGCAGAAGAUGUGCAGAUUUUACCUCAAAAUCAAGACAAAGGCUGCAUGGAGUAAAAGUGAAUGGCAGCAGAUGUCAAGAGUGUGGAACGAUCUGAAGGAGAGCAGCAACACUUUAAGCUGUUACAAGGUUUGCCGAAACCAUUUAGAGAUGUUGAUUUGCAGUGAAUGUAGCAUUCCUUGCAAUCUGACCCAUGCGCUGGCCACAUGUAAAGCUGAUAAUAAGGAGGAAUCGGAUUCUUUUAUAUUUCUAACACCCCAUGAGGAUAAUCCUUUGUUGCAUUAUCACUCAACAGAGGUUGAGAGUGAUUCGUGUAUGGAUGAGAACACCCUGCUCUAUGCAGGGGCACUGCAAGGACUCUUUGCCAACCUUUAUACAAGGACUGCACUGACCAGUGGCUACAUCCACCAAUUCUUUUACUGCUAUCGGUACUUCACCUCUCCACUCCAACUCUUCACUUUUCUCAGGCAGACAUACACAAUGUCUCACAAAUUCCAACCUUCCCAUAUGGCUGCCAUCAUUGCCAAGAGGACUCUGCUGUUGCUCUCCUGGUGGCUUAACGAUUAUUACACGAUUGACUUCAAAGUGAGAACCACCUUGAAACGGUUGGUGGAAGAGUUCAUUAUGAAGCUACCAGUGGACGAUGAGACAGCAGAAAUGGUUAGGACUGCGUGGACAUUCCACACUGCUGGACAUCCAGAGGUGACAAGAAAGCUCAUGGCUGAGGACAGCCUGGUCUCCCAUGUCUUGUCCACAGGGAACAAGACGAAGCGUAUGUCCUGUUCCGACCAUGAUGUCCACCAGAUCGAAUACCUGUUGGCUUCCAACAUGAUAAGGGAGAGAGCAGGGAGCUGUUUAACAAUUCCUAGCAAAACUGCUGAAGAACCUGUGGAAGAUUCCGGAACGUUUUGUCUCAAGGAUUUCACGGCUGAAGAACUGGCGGAACAACUCACUCUUAUGGAACAGAAUUUAUUCCAAAACGUACAUCCUGUGCACUUUCUGAAUUCAAAAUACAAUGGUUUCACCCCUUCUCUUUCAAUUCCAGGAUGGAGUAGCACUCGAUCAAUUCGAACAAAGAGAGAUUCUGCCAGCAGCCUGUUUGUCCAGGACAGCAAUCCAAGUUGUUCAGUUAUAGAAAUUCAAGUGAAACAUUCUCAUGAAAUUGCACAUUGGGUCGGAGCAGAACUUAUUUUGGCCCCUUCUACAAAAGUACAAGUCACAAUAUUGGAGAAAUUCCUGAUGAUUGCCAAGAUAUGUCUUGAUCUGCAGAAUUUUGCAACCAGCACUGCCAUUUUGGAUGGUUUGCAGAAUGCACUGAUCAGACAACUUCCCAUGUGGAAAGAACUGAGUCCAAAAGUUAUGACAAACUUCACAUCUCUGCUGCUCAUGAAGACUCCUGGUGCAUGCUCUGUGGCAUCAAGUGAUAAGAAUAUGAUGGAAAUAUCAUGCCAACCACAGAUUCCUGCCAUUUUACCAUUCUUGCUGAAUGUCCAGCAGAGUGAGAUUGGGAGUUUCACACUGACCAACGGAAUGUACAAAUGGGCCAAAAUGAGACACAUUACAAAAGCCAUUGACCCAAUACGUCAGUUCCACCAAUACCAAUACUCCUUCAGCCCUUCCCGACAGCUCCAGCUGGGCUUACAUUGCAGGAUUGAAAGCUUCAAAUCUACAGACCUGAAUGUGCUGGCGCAAGAACAAGGCUGCCUGAUGGACCGAGAAUCAACCCCAGGUGGCAAUGCCCUGCACAGAGUAAUCAGAAGAGUGAAGAGUUCAAAUCACCAUGGUAACACACUUCAGAAAGUUAUGAAGAGAGUGAAAGAGAAGCUAAACAAAUAAACACACUAUCAUCAUCAUCAU